GCUCUGCCUGUUCCGACUGGAGGACAAGCUACGUGUAAUAUUUGAUUGAAAAUGGCUGAUAGGAAAGCCAAUAACACCCCCAGUAGCAGCGCAAAUCUUCUGUUUUCAGGAGCUCCGGAGUUCAACUUCAGCCUGCCAUUCAUACCGGUCAGCCAGGCCACCGGCCCGGCCGUUUUAUCCGGAGAAGAUGCCAGUGAAGUUGGAGAAGAAGACAGCUUUCUUGGUCAGACAACAUCUACAGCUCCUCAGACCUCCACGUUCAAUUAUUUCUCAAACACUGCCAACAGUAGUGACCCGUUUGCUUCUAUAGGGCAGCAGUCAUGCCCACCUCCAGCUGCCAAUUUUAUUCCAUCAACAACAGGCCCGUUACCGGCAUCCAUCGCAGCUAGUCUGCCUCUAAACCCACCUGUAUCCCACAUGAACCCAGUUCAGCAGUAUGGCAGUGUUGCUAAUCAAGCCCCUAUGCGCACAUACACACCCCCACCUAAUGCACCCACUCCUCCUCCUCCCCAGAGCUCCCAGCAGUCCUAUAACCCAUAUCGUCACACAGCGGUCAGUAGCAAAGCUAAUCCUUACCUCAUGGCUCCUGAAUUACAGCAGCAGCCCCCCAGUCAAACACCUCAGCAUCUGAACCCCUACUCUCAGCCCACACCUACUCCAUCCUUCCAGACUCCACCCACAGCCUUCACUAAGCCACCUCCAACACAGAUCCCACCGCCCCCUCCAACAACCAGCAUGGCCGGACCAUUAGUCCCUGCCAACCCAAUGAUGCCAUACACAUAUAAUGUUUAUGAGCCUGUACAGCCGCACUGGUUCUACUGCAAACAAGUGGAGUCAAAAAUUGUCUGGCUACCCUUCAGUAUUCUGGAUUCUAUUCGCUUGGAAGAAACGUUCAACUCUGUUCAGCCAGAUCCAGAGAGUGUGAUUGUAUGUACGGAUGGAGGACGCUAUGAUGUUCAACUGUACGACCGCACACGGACCUCUGUGUACUGGGAAGAGGACCCCACAGAGGUCCGCCGCUGUACUUGGUUCUACAAAGGAGAUACAGACAGUCGCUUUAUCCCCUAUUCAGAAGACUUCAGUGAAAAGCUGGAGGCGGAAUAUAAGAAAGCAGUCACUACUAAUCAGUGGCACCGCAGACUGGAGUUUCCAUCUGGUGAGACCAUCGUGAUGCACAAUCCAAAGGUGAUUGUGCAGUUUCAGCCAUCUGCUGUUGCUGAUGAAUGGGGUACAACACAGGAUGGCCAGACUCGACCUCGCGUUGUCAAGAGGGGUGUAGACGAUGAUCAUGAUGAAGUCCCUGAUGGUGAGAUGCCUCAGGUUGAUCAUCUGGUUUUUAUGGUGCACGGCAUUGGUCCUGUCUGUGAUCUGCGGUUUAGGAGUAUGGUGGAGUGCGUGGAUGACUUCCGGAGUGUGUCCUUAAAGUUGCUCAAUAGUCAUUUCAGGAAGGCCCGUGAUGAUCAUGUCAUCAGUCGUGUGGAGUUUCUGCCUGUGCACUGGCACACAGCUCUGCAUGGAGAUGCUACUGGAGUUGACAGGAGGAUAAAGAAGAUUACACUGCCUAGCACUGGUCGAUUACGUCACUUCACUAAUGAAACCCUUCUAGACGUGCUUUUCUACAACAGCCCGACUUACUGCCAGACCAUUAUGGACACCGUUGCUUUUGAGAUGAACCGUUUACACACACUAUUCAUGCAAAGAAACCCAGACUUUAAAGGCAGGGUGUCUGUAGCUGGACACAGCUUGGGCUCUUUGAUACUUUUUGAUCUACUGUCCAAUCAGAAGAUCGGCUCCCCCAUUUCAGCUCCAAUAUUCAAUGGAAAUUCUGCACCUAAUGUGAAACAGGUAAAUUCUGCUCCUGAAGUUCAGGCUGCUGAAGUGUCUCCUGUAGCGGCUGUUGAGGAAGAGGCAAAGGAGGAAGAAGAAGAGGAGACUGGCAGCCUGUCGUCUGUUCUGGAGGCGAUUGGGUUAUCUGAAUAUCUGAGCAUUUUUGAAAAUGAGAAAAUUGAUGUUGAGUCUCUGCUGCUGUGCACAGUGGAUGAUCUAAAGGAAAUGAGCAUUCCUCUGGGGCCACGUAAAAAACUCGCCAAUUUUAUCAAGGAGAAGUCUGCAAAACAGGCUGCUCGAAAGGCUUUGAAAGAGAAGUCUGUAGAAAAAGAGGAACUGAAGCAGACCCAAGCUCCAGUUCAGACUGAGCCCACACCAGAUCCUGCCAUCAACAAACUGCCAGUGGGAAGAACCAUGUCUUCAAUCCACGUGGAUUACAACUAUUUUGAAAUUGGCACAGGACAGGUGUCAGUGAUCUAUCAUGCUCUGGACUUUGAACCGGUGAGUUUCUUCGCUCUGGGUUCUCCCAUCGGGAUGUUUCUAACUGUUCGUGGAGUGGAGAAAAUUGAAGAGUCUUACCAGCUUCCCACCUGCAAAGGGUUCUUCAACAUCUACCAUCCUCUGGAUCCAGUUGCUUAUAGAAUUGAACCCAUGAUCUUACCAGACAUUGACCUGGAGCCGGUUUUGGUCCCUCAUCAUAAAGGGAGGAAAAGGCUUCAUCUCGAAUUAAAAGAGAGUUUAUCCAGGAUGGGUUCUGACCUAAAGCAGGGCUUUAUCAGCUCUCUGAAGAGCGCUUGGCAGACUCUCAAUGAGUUUGCUCGAGCUCACACCUCUUCUGUUCAACUGCACGAACAGCUCGCCAUGGUGGCCAAUCAGAUCAAAGCAGAGGAGGAGAUGCAGAGAGGAGAAGAGGAGAGCAAGAUGCUGGAGAGUCCUGAGCCACAGAAGGAGGAGGAAAGCCGAAUAAAAGUGGGUCUGCUGAACGGAGGAAACCGCAUCGAUUACGUCCUGCAGGAGAAACCCAUCGAGAGCUUCAACGAAUACCUGUUUGCACUCCAGAGUCAUCUGUGUUACUGGGAAUCUGAAGACACAGCUCUACUUCUUCUGAAGGAAAUUUAUAAGUCUAUGAACAUCCAGCCAGAUCAGUUGCUGCAUUGAUGAGAUCAGUCAGCGAAACCCACUCCGUCGUCAGAAUUCACAUUACUUUGAACAUCAGACGAGUGGACAUUUUAGUCAGUUUUCAACUCUCCAACUGGGACUGUCCUCACUUUUAUUUUCUGUUAUUUAGUCUGUUGUAUUAAAACGAAUACACUUGUAUUAUUCCAUAUGUCUUAAAUUAAGAAAUUCUAGUCAAAUAGUGGAUUUACAAACCACCGCGACUGUUCAAAACGACAUUUUUAUAGCUUAAAUUAUACAGCUGCAAGUGUUCGAGUGCAAUUGUGAAUGGAAUCAAAAGGUAUUAACAGAAUCUUUAUUAUAUAGCAGUGAGAAACAGAUAGAUAUUACGCUGUGAAAAGAGAAACCUUCAUGAGUCAUAAUAAACUUCACUGUUAGUA